AUUACAUAAAAUAUUAUUAUUUAUUUUUUUUUUUUUGUAAAAUUUUAAAAUUUUUAGGUUCAAACAUUUUUUGUAGUGAAAAUUACUCCACAAAAUCCCUCCAUUACUUUUGAAGAGGAUUCAUAUCUCAGUUCUUACCCCUCGGCCCUCACUGUGAUUUGAAGGCUGGCUGGACCACCACACCCGAAUUUUCCCACCUUCUCCACCACCUCGCUUCUGAUGGCUCCGCCCCUUUCAGCAACAACAAAUUGGUGAUGGUGAAGCCUUCACUCUGCCUGUUCGCCAGGUGAAGUCUGGCUGGUUUUAAGUGGUAGAUUUUACAUUCUAAUGAAGCGACUAUAGCAGGUCUUUUUUCACAAGAUGGGUUACAAAAUUGCUCAAAUCCGCCUUGUUAGUUCUCAUCCUGAGGUUUAUGAACCUUGUGAUGAUUCAUUUGCUCUUGUUGAUGCACUCUUAGCCGAUCGAUCUAAUCUAAUACAACAUAAACCGAAACUAUGUAUGGAAGUGGGUUGUGGAAGUGGCUAUGUUAUCACUUCUCUAGCCCUUCUUCUAGGACAGGAGUCUUCAUCUGGGGUUCAGUUUUUUGCCACUGAUACAAACCCUUAUGCAAUUUCUGUUACCAGUGAGACAUUGAAAGCACAUGGAGUUCAUGCCGAGUUGAUUUCCACUGACAUUGCUUCAGGAUUGGAAAAACGUCUUGCUGGAUUAGUUGAUGUAAUAGUUGUGAACCCACCUUAUGUUCCGACCCCUGAGGAUGAAGUCGGUCGUGAAGGAAUUACCUCUUCUUGGGCUGGAGGAGAGGAUGGGCGUAGAGUUAUUGAUAGAAUCCUACCAGUUGCUGACCUUCUUCUAUCAGAAAAAGGCUGGUUAUACAUGGUCACUCUUGCAUCAAACUUUCCCUUGAAGAUAUGUCUUGAAAUGAGGCAAAAAGGAUAUGCAUCUAGGAUUGUUUUACAAAGAUCAACAGAUGAAGAGAGUCUGCACAUCAUCAAGUUCUGGCGGGAGUCUGAUAAACAGUGAGAACUAAACCAAAAGCAUUGUUGAGCCUUUGUUUUGAAUCAUUUUGGAAGCAGUAGCAGAUGAGUGAUAUAAUAAUGUCUUGAAAGGUUUUUUAUGCCUUUUUCGAAUGGAAACUUCACUAUUAUGAUUGACUUUUACAAGCAAUGAAUUUAUUUUCCUGUACAAGGGGACUUCUAUCUUUCCCCUUUCCUUUUCA